AUGAGGCUUUGGAGCAGACCCUGCUGGCGGAUGAUGCCCUGUCUCUGGCUGCUUAUCCUCGCUCUCUCCGUGGGCACGCUGGGCCUCAUGGACCUGGUCUUUCGGGAUCAGACCCAGACACCGCCCAGCUCGCCCCGCCGUCCCGUCCAGCGUCUUUCCGGUCCACCGGACCUGGAGGUGAUCGUGAACUCCUGGGACCGGGCCAAACCAGAGCACGGUCUCCAGUCGCUUAACUCGCUGCAGGAGGACCAGCUUCUCUACAUGCCCUCGACCAAGGUGAGGAACCCAGGUCUUCCGCCGAGGAAGGGGACUUACCGGGUGGUUAUAUCGAGCGCCAAGAAGGAAUCGGCGGUCCCGGUGCUACCGACGCGCAGGGAUAUGGGGAGACCGGUGCUGCUGAAGCCGGAGGGGCUGGAGAAGGACAUGGAGAAGUCUGCUUUGCAGAAAUACAGCUUUAACGAGGUGGUGAGCGAAAGGAUCUCACUGCACCGCAGACUGCCCGAGGCUCGCCAUCUUGCGUAAGUGCCCUGCAUGUGCCCAAGGAGUGCACCACGCUAAAAGGGGUCUUUGAAAAUAAAAUUGCCAAAAUAACUAGAUUACUCGAUCAAGGAUAAAUAUGUCGUCUAUUUUCAAGAUCUCCCUACCACGAAAUAUGAUAUAUUGUUAAUGGGAAGCCUAUGGGUUCAUGCAUAAAUAUACCCAUCCCCUCUCUAUUCUCCUGACAAUCAAUGGGAACGCUUUGACAGGUGCCUCGUGGAGCGUUACAGUGAGUCCCUGCCGUCCGCGAGCGUGGUGGCUCUGUUUCCAUGA